AUGCAUCGUGACUUCGCGACAGCCUCGCUCCCUCUCCCCACGCGUCUUCAUGUUUCGCUCUGCCCAACAUGUGCUAACAAUUGGCCAGCGGGCAGGCCAUGGACUUGCUCGCGCGACAACCAGACAUGCUUCGAGGCGCUCCAGGGCCACCAAGGGCACCACCCACCAGCACCAGCAUCACCUGCACCCUCACUUUCACCGUCACCAUCACCGCCACCGCCACCGCCAUCGCCACCUUCUGCAGUCGUGUUGCGCGAGUACCAGGAGGAAUGCAUCCAGGCCGUCCUUUCCUAUCUCCAGGCCGGCCACAAGCGCUUAGGUGCCUCGCUGGCAACCGGGUCCGGCAAGACAGUCAUCUUCACUCACCUCAUCGACCGCGUCCCCGCCACCGGCAAUGCCUCGCAGGCACUCAUCCUCGCCCACCGCCGCGAACUCGUCGAGCAGGCCGCCCGCCAUUGCGCCCUUGUAUACCCCGACAAGCAUGUCGACAUCGAAAUGGGCAGCCACCAGGCCUCGGGCGCGGCCGACAUCACUGUUGCCUCGAUACAAAGCAUCACAUCCGGGGAUCGCCUGCGCAAGUUCGACCCUUCACGAUACAAGCUGGUGCUGGUCGAUGAAGCCCAUCACAUUGUCAGCCAGUCGUAUCUCGAUGUCCUCGAGCAUUUUGGGCUGCGGCAUGCCACCGACUGGAGCAAGACGAGCGCUCCCGCUUUGGUGGGCGUGUCGGCCACCUUUUCCCGCUUCGAUGGCAAGAAACUAGGCGCCGCCAUUGACCACAUCGUCUACCACCGUGACUACGUGGACAUGAUCGAGGAAAACUGGCUAUCCGACGUCAUCUUUACCACCGUCGACAUCAAAGCCGACCUGACUAAAGUAGGCACUGGAGCUAAUGGCGAUUUCCAGACCGGAGCCCUUUCCAAGGCUAUCAACACGGAUGAAACAAACGACCUGGUCGUCAAAACAUGGAUGACCAAGGCAAGGGAUCGACACUCCACCCUCAUCUUCUGCGUUGAUCUCAGCCAUGUCACCAAUGUCACCAACCUGUUCCGCCAGGCUGGAAUCAACGCGCAAUUUGUCACGGGAGACACGCCUACCAAGAUCCGCAGCGCAAGGAUCGAUGCCUUUAGAAAUCGAGAGUUUCCUGUGCUGCUCAACUGUGGCGUCUUCACCGAGGGUACAGAUAUCCCCAACAUCGACUGCGUGCUUUUGGCCCGACCCACAAAGUCUCGAAACCUGCUUGUCCAGAUGAUUGGACGUGGCAUGCGCCUAUACGGGGGCAAAGACAACUGCCACGUCAUUGACAUGGUCUCUGCCUUGAGUACUGGAGUCGUCUCAACACCCACGUUGUUUGGCUUGGAUCCUGCCGAGAUUGUUGAAAAGGCAGACACAAAAGCCUUGGCAAAGCUUAGAGAAGCAAGAGAGUCAGAAAAGCAGAGGGAGGAAGAGGUAGCCGCGCUCAAGCAGAAGACCAUCGCCAGGAAACUGCCUGGCACCAUUUCCUUCACUGAAUACGACUCGGUACAUGACCUGAUAGCCGACACUUCCGGCGACGAAUAUAUACGCAACCUGAGCCCCAAUGCGUGGGUCGGCGUGGGUGAGGGCAGGUAUGUCCUCAACGGAAAUACGGGCAACUACCUCGUUAUCGAGCCCUCACACGCUGAAGAGGGUUUCUUCAAAGCAAAGUAUCAUUGGAAGCUGGAAGCCUCCAAAGUGACAAAAAGCCCCUACGGCACACCGCGGGUCAUUGCUGAAGGGGAGUCUUUUGGCCAUGUCGUUCAUGCGGCUGAUACAUACGCGGCUGAUGUAUUCCAACACAUUUGGAUUAACAAAAAUCAGUCGUGGCGAAGACGUACUGCUUCACAAGCACAGGUCGACUUCAUUAACAAGUCUCGACCUAGAGAAGACCACUUGCAGCCGAGCGAUCUCACAAAAGGCAAGGCAGCUGAUAUGAUUACACGCAUCAAACAUGGAGUACGGGGUCGCUAUGACAAAGCCGGCAUCAAGCAGAGAAUGGAACAACGUAUGAAGGCUCGCGCAGAGACAUUGCAGCAGCGCCUGCAGGGCCGAGUACAAGUUGGACCGUUGGAAGAACAGGGCCAGACGCUCAAGGAGAAGCUUCUUGGAUGA